UCAUUCCCAGCACCAGGCAGAGGCGGCGCCUCGCCCCACCCUCGCCCGAGCGCUGACGGCUCCCACUUCCGCCCCACCAGCCCGCGCCGCGGCCCUCUGCCUCGGGCUUCCAUUUCUCCGUCUUUUCCCCUCUCUGCUUUAAACAGAGAAACGGGGGAGGGGAGCCUGCACGCAGGACCCUGACCGCGCUGACGCCGGCUCUUCCGAGGGCGGCCUCUCUGUGCGGGGCGGGCUCCCUGCGCCCACGCGGCCGCCCUGGCGCGGAGCCGGCGGGGACUUUGGCCCACGCUGACCAUGGCCGGCUGCGUCCCGCCGCCGCUCGCCGUCCUGGGGCUCCUUACCCUCCUCGCCCCGCACGCCGCCCGGCCCACAGUCUUUCUUCCCACGGCGGAAGCGCACGAGCUUCUGGCCAGGUGGAGGCGAGCCGGAUCCUACCUCUUGGAAGAGCUCUUCGAGGGGCAUUUAGAGAAGGAGUGCUUGGAGGAGGUCUGCGUCUACGAGGAGGCGAGAGAAGUGUUUGAAGACACCGAGUCCACUGAUGAAUUCUGGAAGACAUACACGGGCGGCUCCCCAUGUGCCUCCCAGCCUUGCCUCAACAACGGGUCCUGCCAGAACAGCAUCCGCGGCUACACCUGCACCUGCACGCCAGGCUAUGAGGGCCCCAACUGUGCCUUUGCUAAAAACGAAUGCCACCCUCUGAGGCUGGACGGGUGCCAACACUUCUGCUACCCGGGACCAGAGUCCUACACGUGCAGCUGCGCGAGGGGCCACACGCUGGGCCAAGACCGCAGGUCCUGCCUCCCCCACGACACGUGUGCGUGCGGAACCCUCGACUCUGAGUGCUGCCCGAGGCCCCAGCGAAGCCAGCAGAACCUUCUGCCUUUCCCGUGGCAGGUAAAACUAACAAACUCCGAAGGAGAAGACUUCUGCGGGGGUGUUCUAAUACUGGACAACUUUGUGCUGACAACAGCCACAUGCUCACUGCUGCGCACAAACAUUAGUGUGAAAACACGCUCCGGCUUCCAGGUGCCAGCGAAGGGCCUCCACGUGCACACGAGGUUCGAGCCGGACACCGGGCACAACGACGUGGCCCUGCUGCGCCUGGCGCGGCCCGUGCGCUGCCCCGACGCCGGGCGGCCCAUCUGCACCGCCGACGCGGACUUCGCCGAGCGCGUCCUCCUGCCGCAGCCGGGCGUCCUGGGCGGCUGGACCCUCCGCGGCCGCGAGAUGGUGCCCCUGCGGCUGCGCGUCACGCACGUGGAGCCCGCGGAGUGCGGCCGGGCCCUCAAUGCCACGGUGACCACGCGGACCAGCUGCGAGCGGGGCGCGGCGGCCGGCGCGGCGCGGUGGGUGGCGGGCGGCGCGGUGGCGCGCCAGCACCGGGGCGCCUGGUUCCUCACCGGCCUGCUGGGCGCCGCGCCCCCCGAGGGGCCCGGGCCGCUGCUGCUCAUCAAGGUCCCCAGAUACGCGCUCUGGCUGCGCCAAGUCACGCAGCAGCCGAGCCGUCCGAGAGACGACCGGGAUCAGGGGCGUGGCGGGGAACCGGUGCCGCGUGGGCGGUGGGCGGCGACAGCCCUUCCUCCGGGACCCCUCGUCUGAACUGAGCCCCCAGGAGGGAGGGAGGCGCGUCCAACAAUAAAAGCGGACCCCGAACAGCGCUUUCCUGAACCUGCCGGGAGCCGGGGUUCAACCCAAGGGCGGCGACUCUGGGUUGGCGGGCGGGGGUAGCUGCGCAGCGGCCUCCCAGCUGUACUGGGGGCGGGGGUGUGGCGCUCGGGUCCCGGCGGCAGCGCAGGGGAGGAAGGCGAACUAGGGCCUGUGCGCGGCCCGCGUCUGGGGCGGGAGCAGACAAGCAGUUCUGCGUGGAGGGUCCACCGGCCCCAGGAGGGCGGAGCGGCCCGAACCUGCAGCAUCCACACCAGCGAGUCCCACCGACUGCAGCCCCUCCCCUACAGACAGGAGCCGCCCUGGUCUGCGCCCAAGCGACAGCAAGGGCACCUGGACAGAUGUGGUGUGUACUUCCGCCACCAUGUCUCAGCCAGGAGGUGCCUGGCUCACCGAGCACGGCGGGGCCCUCACGGCUGAGCUCCGGGUGGGGCCCUGAGGGCAGGCGGGACCCAGAGGCUUGUGCGCACGGGCGCACUGCUGGGGAAGAGGGAUCGUUUAGGGGUUAGAACUGUGAUGCAUACUUUCUUCUGACUGGAAAAUCCGUAGGAUUUCGGUCUACUGACCCCCCUUGCCUUCCUUCAUUCUUGCCAAGGUCCUUUCAGACAAAUGGGCCAGUGCAUCCGCAGAUUGGCCAAAAAAAGUUAUUUCUGGGGUUAAAGUGCAAUAUCAGAAAUGAAAGAAAGUGUUUUUGAAUUGUUAGACAUAAAAAUCUGAAUUGUGUUUAAACUCCCAAAGUGCGGUGGUAUUCUCUUCAAACUAAGGCCAUCAGCUGCCCAGGAUUUGAAAUCUAGCAAAGAACUGUGGUUUUACAUGAAUAAUCCUGCAAAAAUAUCUGCAGUCUUGCUGCUGACGUUAAUUUCCAUAUAAAUCUGUAUUUGCUGGAGCAGAAACCCUACCUGGAAAUGAUUGCAAACAGCGCAGGCAGACUCUCCCUACAGCAUGUGUGGGCUGCACUUCCCUGGCGGCUCAGACGGGAAAGAACCUGCCUGCAGUGCAGGAGGCCUG